AUGGCACAGCCCACCGCCGCCCCCAAACCCAGAUCCGGCUUCUCUCGCUUCUCAAAAGCCCUACCUGCUGUCCCUCAGUUGCUCAAGUCGUCCUCUUCCAACUCUCCCUCAUCCUCUUCCUCGCCGCCCCCCGCCUCAUACCAACUGCCAUCUCUACCCAAGAACCUCCCCGACUCAUUACCGGAUCUGCCCAAGGACCUUCCCGACUUGCCGCCGCCGCCUCCGCCGCCGCCGCGCGACGACGGCCCAGCUCACGGCUCCGCGCCGCCUCAGUUGCCUCGCCUGCCCGACAAGUCUCCUUCCCUUCCUGUACUGAGCGCCUUUCUCUCGAAUCACUCAGCCACGCCGACUGAGCCCUCUCGUAAAAUGGACAUACCAAGACGCCCCGUUGCCGCCGCUAGCAACAAUGCUAUGCUCUCGCCCUUUCCUGAGCCCUCGCCUACAGCCUCCAUCUCGAGUCUCAUCUCCGCCUAUACCCGUCCAUAUGAUUCUCCCACCACGACCCCUCACACGGGCACCUAUCCCGAUACACCGCUCGCCUCGAGUCGCGAGACUUCGCCCCCUCCCCCGGAUGUCCCGGAAAAGAACUCUGAUCGUCCUACCAAUCGAAAGAAUCUCCCGCCCGCCCAAAUCCGAAAAGUAUCUCCCGACGACAACGACGUCCCACCCACGCAUCCCUCAAAAUCAGAACUCUGGCGCCGCCGCCCUCAAAACGACAGUCGCGAAAUCUCUGGGCUCAAACUCGACCACAGCCACGGUUCAACCGUUUCCAGCACCAUAUCCAUCGUGUCCACCUCAACCGCCUCAACCCAGCGCCCACCCACGGCUGUUCAAGACGAGCCCUCGAACUCCCCGCCCCCUAAGCCAAGGAUACCUCGGUCUGUUGGCGGCCUCCCGGGUCGCAAUGUUCGGCCCCCCGCAGCCUCCAAAGACGAUCUUCCGCCUUCUACCACGCCUAGCAAGCCAGUAAUUGCCGCCGUCCAAUCCAAGAAGUCACUGCCUUCUCUCCGCAAAACCGCUGUCACUCCGCCUACCAAUCGCCCGCCAACGCCUGAGUAUCAGCCUGGAGAGUCUCGUGCUCCCGCCGCCGCCACAUUCAUCUCCCCCGCAUCGCCCGAGUCUCCCAGCAGAUUCUCUCCUGUCCAUGCCAAGACCCUGCCUCCGCCUCCGCCUCAAAACCUCGCCGGAAACGCAUCUGGGAGUACUAUGCGGAAGCCUGCGUGGGGCAUGCCGUCCUCUGUUCUUACUGAGAUGCCGCGCCGCAAACCAGCGACAACACCGACUACCGCCCCAGCGACAACGCCGGCUACCGCCCCAGCGACAAUACCGGCUACCGCCUCAGCGACAACACCGCCCCCCGCACCAGCGAUCACACCGGCGGUCACGGCACCCGUAGCUGCCGCGGAAAACUCGCCGUCCAGGGGAGAUGUCUUCGCCAAGAGACCGCGGCUGCCCCCAGCCGCGUCCCCGAUCCGCGCCCGCUCACCGCUAGUAGCAUCCACGCCGUCAGACCAGUCUCGUGGGUCUAGCCUCAGCCCGAGGCGCCUGAUGCGCCGCGACCCGGACCAGACGCCGCGCCAGCAACGCCGGCCGGCGAGCGACCAGCGCAUCGUCCAGACUGAGCAGGGGCCAAUGUACCGUGGCCGGGAUGGCACUUUGUACCCAGAAAUGAAAUACACCCACGAACCCGAUGCCCGCGCGUUCCGCUUUCCUGCGUGGAAGGGCAAGGAUUCGACGACGGUGUCAGUUGAUGGCGUCUAUGCCGCGGGUGACCUCAAGGAGUCACACUACUCAUGCUUCCAGAAGCAUGCUACAAUGAACCGCCGCGCGAACCGGCACUACCCGCUGACGUGCCAGACGUGUAGCAUCGCCGAUGCAGAGGACCGCUGGGCCUGCACCUUUUGCCACUUGCGCAUCUGCGAGGCUUGCUUCCGCACCUUGAACACGAACCAGCGCGAUCUCAAGGCGAUGGUCGCCGCAAGCACUUGA